CUGAAACCACUGAACUCAACAAACUUGUUAGGUGUAGUUUCUGAGAUUGAAUUUUCUCAUUGCAUUAGUCUUGUGAAAAGAUUUCAUGGCCAAUAUUAUUGUUCCUUCUCCAACCAUUUUCACAUCAUCUUGUGUGUUAAGGAGUGAACAACAGCAACUUUUUGUAAGUAAACUCAAUGCAGUGAUUGGAGGCAUAGAUUCUUCUUAUUCUUUAUGGAAUUCUUGCAUUCAACCAAGAAACAAUUCUAGGAACAAUUUUCAGCUGAAAUGCUCAAAUGGGCAUCCACUAAAUAGCGUUUCUUCCCAUGAUGGUGCAGUUGGAAGUUCAUUGGCCAAAGAAGAUAGCAAGCCUCAACCAACUGAAGCAUCAUAUCCCUUGUCAGAUUCAGAAUGCAUAGGAUCCAACCUUAGCAUAACUGUUGUUGGAGCUUCUGGAGACCUUGCCAAGAAGAAGAUUUUUCCAGCACUCUUUGCUCUUUACUAUGAAGAUUGGCUACCUGAGAAUUUCAUUGUGUAUGGUUAUGCUCGGACCAAAAUGACCGACGAAGAAUUAAGGAACAUGAUUAGCAGAACUUUAACAUGUAGAAUUGACAAGAGGGAAAAUUGUGAAGACAAAAUGGAUCAAUUCUUGAAAAGAUGUUUUUACCAUUCUGGUCUGUAUAACUCUGAGGAUGAUUUUUCAGACUUGGACUCCAAGCUGAAAGAGAAAGAGGGUGGAAAAGAUUCAAACAGGCUAUUUUAUUUGUCAAUACCUCCAAAUAUAUUUGUGGAUGUGGUGAAAUGUGCUAGCCUCAAAGCUUCUUCAAGAAAUGGCUGGACAAGGGUUAUUGUCGAAAAGCCAUUUGGCCGCGACUCAGAAUCAUCAAGUGAGCUAACAAGAUGUCUCAAGCAGUACCUAGCUGAAGAACAAAUAUUCAGGAUUGACCAUUACUUGGGGAAGGAGCUUGUGGAGAAUCUAUCAGUGCUUCGUUUUUCAAAUCUUGUUUUUGAACCUCUAUGGUGCCGGAACUACAUUCGAAAUGUUCAGCUAAUAUUUUCAGAGGAUUUUGGAACAGAAGGAAGAGGAGGUUAUUUUGAUAACUAUGGAAUCAUUCGCGAUAUAAUGCAAAAUCACCUUCUGCAAAUACUAGCCUUGUUUGCAAUGGAAACUCCUGUGAGCUUGGAUGCUGAGGACAUCAGAAAUGAAAAGGUGAAGGUUCUUAGAUCAAUGAGACCAAUUCAGUUAGAAGAUGUUGUUGUUGGUCAAUAUAAGGGACACAACAAGGGUGGGAAAUUAUAUCCUGGUUACACAGAUGAUCCUACUGUUCCAAAGGGUAGUCUAACUCCAACAUUUGCAGCAGCCGCACUUUUCAUCGACAAUGCAAGAUGGGAUGGAGUUCCUUUUCUCAUGAAAGCUGGCAAGGCUCUCCAUACUAAACGUGCAGAAAUCAGAGUCCAAUUCAGGCAUGUACCAGGUAACUUGUACAAGAGGAACUUUGGAACUGAUCUGGACAAGACUACAAAUGAGCUUGUGCUUCGAGUUCAACCUGAUGAAGCUAUAUACUUGAAAAUCAAUAACAAGGUUCCUGGUUUGGGAAUGCGACUAGAUCGAAGCGACUUAAAUUUGCUUUAUCGAGCAAGGUAUCCAAGGGAAAUACCAGAUGCAUAUGAGAGAUUACUCUUGGAUGCAAUAGAAGGGGAAAGAAGGUUGUUCAUUAGAAGUGAUGAGCUUGAUGCAGCUUGGUCACUCUUCACCCCAUUGCUCAAAGAGAUUGAGAGCAAGAAGAUUGCUCCAGAGCUAUAUCCUUAUGGUAGUAGAGGACCUGUUGGAGCACAUUACCUUGCUGCAAAGCACAAUGUAAGAUGGGGUGAUCUUGGUAUUGAAGAAUAAUGAUUAGUGUGACCACCAAAACAUGUAAUGUAAUGAACUAAUGACGCAUAUUCAUCAUUAUUUUCUCUUUAUAGUACAGUGAUUUUUUGUGA